AUGAUAGGUAGUUUUGGCUAUACGGACCCCAACUUCCCCAGCCCGGGAGGUGAAUGGGAUACGGCGGUCAUCAUAUACGGCUACACCCCGUCUUUCGUUCUCGCCAUCAUCGCCGACGUGUUCUUUUUCCUCCUUCUAUUCGUCCAUACAUGGCAGGUGGUUCAUUACCGUAGCUGGUACUUCGUCACUGUUCCCAUCGGUCUUCUUUUCGAGAUUGUCGGUUACAUCGCACGGUCCCUUUCCGCCAAGGUCGACCCCUAUCAUCUCAUAUACUUCAUCCUUAACUACUUCUUCAUCGUCACCGCUCCCGUAUUCCUCGCCGCAGGAAUCUAUACAAUUCUCUCAACCCUCAUCCACCGACUCGGACGACAGUUCUCACCACUUCCGCCCAAGGUUGUGCUGUGGUUCUUCAUCACUUCUGAUGUUAUUGCGACCAUAACUCAGAUCUCGGGUGCCGCGUUGAGCGGAGUGAAGCAGUCACGCCGGGAGAACCCGGAAAUAGCGAACAACAUCCUGCUUGGCGGAUUGGCCUACCAGGUUUUCUCCAUUGGAUGCUUCGUCAUCACCACGUCCAUCUUCCUCUUCAGGGCCAGGCACGGGAUCAAUGAACAGAGACUCACGACUUUUGUCACAGCCUUUGCGGCGGCUACAUUGCUCGUCUACCUGCGCACUUGCUUUCGUCUUUCAGAGACUGCGGAGGGUCUUGGGGGCAGGCUUAACUCUAAUGAGACCUAUUUCGGCACUCUAGAGUUUGCGCCAGUUGUGUUGGGUGUAUUCCUUCUUUCAAUCUGGCACCCUGGUAGAUGCAUUGCCCGAAAAGUCUCUGGCGGCACCGAUGAUGUUGAGAAGACCGCAGUCUGCAGCGGUGAGCCUGUUCGGAAGUAG